AUUCAUCUUCCCUAGAAACCUUUUUCUCUUACUAUAUAUAUCAGUCAUUUUGCUCGGACAUUUUCAUGUGAAACUAGUCGGUCAAGGACCAAUCCUUUACCCUCUCUCCCCGCCGUCGAUUGACUUUUCCUUAGGGCCGCCGUGAUCUCAGUCCGUCCACCAACUCCAUGGCCAACAACCACCCGAACUCACUGCCUCCACCAUCAUUCAGGAGAAUACGAUCACAAACUUGGCCACAAGAGAACGAUGACGACAUUGACCUCAAGGAGCUGAUCGCUUCCCUCCCCAAAGAAAAAGGCUUUAUAAGUCCCAUCCAAAUACUGUAUCGAAACUUCUGGUGCCCCUCGGGAGUCUUCCUUGGCGUCCACUCCUUCUGCCGUCACUUCACCGCACAUGACUCUGACAUCAUACUCGCGAGCAAGCCCAAGUCAGGCACGACAUGGCUCAAGGCGCUCGCCUUCUCCACCCUUCGCCGUGAUGUGUUCCCUCCCUCUGCCAACAACCACCCUUUGAUGUCCAGCAAUCCCCACGAGCUCGUCCCCUUCUUUGAGUUCACCAUCUACGGGCAAGCUGGUGAGCUGCUUGACUUGGCUAGUUUCUCCGUCCCACGGCUCUUUGCCACCCAUAUCCCACAUGAUUCGCUGCCGGAAUCAGUAGGCCAAUCCGGCUGUCGGGUCAUUUAUAUUUGCCGGAACCCACUCGACACGAUCGUCUCAUUCUGCCACUUCGCUGCACAAGUUAAGCCUGAGCUCUGGUCGGGUGGACGAAGCUCCAUGGAGGAGUACUUGGAUUAUUGCUGCAGAGGGAUCGAAGCGUUCGGUCCAUUUUGGGACCACAUGUUGGGAUACUGGAAGGUGAGCUUGGAGAGGCCCAACAACGUGUUAUUCCUAAAAUAUGAGGACCUGAGGGAAGACACUGCGGGGAACCUAAAGAGGAUCGCGGAGUUCAUGGGGGUUCCUUUCUCGGAGGAGGAAGAGAGGGAUGGUGUGAUUGAAGAGAUUGUAAAGUUGUGCAGUUUGAGCAGCUUGAAAGAGUUAGAAGUGAAUAAAACUGGCAAGCCGGGCGUUUGGUCGACCGAGAACAAGACGUACUUCAGGAAAGGAGAGGUCGGCGAUUGGGUUAAUCAUAUGACUCCUUCCAUGGCGGAAAAGUUGGAGAGGAUUAUGGAAGAGAAGCUGAGCCCUUUUGGGCUAAAAUUUAGAGUGAAAUAGAGCCACGCUUCCCCUCUUACGUACUUUUUUUUUUCUGGGUUAAAAUGGAUGUUGAUGUGCCUCAUAAGGACAGGGAACUAAAAAUAAAGAUGUAUCAUUGUACUAAGCUCACGAAUCUCCCUUAUAACCUAAAAUAAUGCAUGUGUGAAAUUCUCCGAUGGGAAUGAAGCUCGGAAGUUCUUGUUUUAUCUGAUUGAAGCGCGAGA